GGCUAUACUAACUAAAACGUGGGAUGAGCCUCAAAAUAUCAUCCUAAAUAUGCACUCUUCAGUCAAAGCGGAACAUAGUUUUGGUCGGUGCGACUUGUGAAAGUCUCCGACUUCAGCGUCGGUAUACAUACGCACCGUAGCGCGGGUCGAGAAGUUCAAGGGUCAUUUCAUGCAUAUUUUUACCAACUGCCCCAUCUUGAAAAUCAUCUGCAAAGCUAAGGAUGUUUUGAGUGUGACUGAUCGACAUGAAGCCGACUCGGAUACUCUGCCGUCAUUUAAUUUCGAAAAGGGAUCUUAGGGGAGAGACAAAUAUCCACGUCCCUUCUUUUGGUGUACGAUCCAGGUACAGAGGUUUCUGUUUUAAGAAACCUAUAUCAAUCUUCCUUGGGUGGGUCUCUAGUGGUAAUGACAAGUGUGAGGCGGUCGGAAACGCGAUACUAAAUUGUUAAUCAAGGGUUCUUAUAUGGUUUCAUAUGCCAGUCUGGGCCGGACAGUUGUGUAUUCCCCAUCGUGCAUGAGUGUGAACUUGCCCUCUCGGGAUCAUCGACUCAAAUCACCGAAAAGUCCAUGAAGAUCAUCUUAUCUGACAGUUUGGAGUAGUUUGUGGUGGUGCGUUCACGGCGUUUCAAAUGCUCAAAUUGGCAGCUGCUUUGGGUCGAGGUGGUCGCAGAGAUGGCGUUGAACCAUCUAAUCUGGCAAAUAGCGAGCUUCCAAUUGAUCAGAAAUGGGACAGACAUAUGCAAUGGCUAUGACACGGUUGGCAUUUGAAUGCCAUGGAUGCAGUCGCAACUUAUGUGGAAGUCUUCACAGUUCAUCGGGACCGAGAAUUUGACAAAGUUGUAUAUAUGAUUAAAUUAUUGCAGAGCCAGACUGAAAUUGAAGAAUGCACGCUAUCGGAUAUAUACCAUCACUGUCAAACACUCUUUUCUUAUUUUCAAACAUAAUGUAUCAAAUUUUCGCGAUAGCUUCUAUUUUUUCCCUUGGGUUUUUGGGCGUAUGCCAUGGCCAAGUCACCGGCAUAGACGUGAGGGAUAUGAUGGAAGAAAUGGAACAUAUUUGGGUCGACAACGAUGGGACCAAUUCGAAUGGUUUUGUGAAGGGUGUAUCACCAUGUCUGAAUUAUGCACUUGGAUCUAGUAACCAAGGCGAGCAAACUUCCGCUCAAUGGGUUCGAUUCGCCUUUCAUGACUUUGUGACGGCAAACACUACUACUGGUACAGGUGGUAUGGAUGCAUCACUAGGUUUUGAAAGCACUCGCGGAGAAAAUCAUGGACUCUUCGUGAACGAUUCUUUGACUUUCUUCAAGCCUACAGUGAAUGCGUAUUUAAGCAUGAGCGACAAUAUAGCUUUAGCAGUUGUCGCAUCGGUUGCAAAAUGCGGUGGUUCUAACUCGGGAAUAAAAUUACGCGUUGGCCGAAUUGAUGCAACGUCAGCAGGUCCAGCUGGUGUACCGGGACCGGCAACAGAUUUAAACACAACUCUUGCUCAAUUUGCAGCAGCUGGAUUUGAUGCCAGUCAAACCAUCGGUCUAACAGCAUGUGGACAUUCAUUGGGCCGUGUUCACAAUUCUGAUACUCCAAAUGUUGUCAACUCUUCUUUUGUGACGGCAACCAAUCUCGACGGAGGUGAGCCAUUCGACUCGACUCCUGGUGUUUUGGAUCCAAAUAAUAUCAAUGACUAUUUGGAUGGCACUGGAAAUCGUGGAGGUCCUUUAUGUACCGCGGCAAAUGUGGCAGAUCGAUCAGAUUAUCGUCUAUAUAUAUCUGACAACAAUGCAACCAUCCAAACUAUGUCAGAGGAGACAGCAUUUCAAACGAAAUGCAACUCGCUGUUUGAGAAAAUGAUAGAAGUUGUACCCAGUACAGUAACUCUCUCUGAUGCAGUCAAGCCUAUGGAAUGGAAAGCAGUGGACGUAUUGAUGGACAUCUCCUUGCGUGGAGAUGUUUCCAUAUCAGGACUUAUUCGGAAUCUUUACACUACUACUCAGCCUCCGAAAACUGUCUCUUAUAGCACAAACUCUUCCACUGGAAACUCUUCCACCGGCACAAGCAGUGAGACAUCCGGUUCCGGGACGUCCAUCUUCGGCUCGACUACCUAUUGGCCGUUUAACAGCACGAUUGCUCCGGGAACAACAUCUUUGUCUUUCAACAAUGUGACUUAUUCGGUCAAUGACAAUAUCUUUGUCUUGCCGGCACAAUCUUCCUUCGACUCAAGCAGUGGAUCUGUCAUUGUCAAAAGCGCUGCUCUAACAUCUGCUAGUGGCAAUGGGGUCAUGACAGCUGUUUUGUAUGUUCCCACUGAACAAGAAGGGACUAUAAGUCCAAAGAUUGUACAGCAAAACGUAACAUUGACUUCAUAUGGUACCGCCGGGGCGUACACUCUGUAUUCAACAGAUACAGUAAAGAUAUCUUCCACUGGGACAGUAAUUGUCAAAGUUGCUCAAGGUGAUUCCUCGAGCCGAACUAUCAAGGUUACCACAUUUGCUCCGUAGAAUUGGGUAGAUUUCCAGCAGGUGGACAUAAUGUGGCUGGGAAAUGAAAGUCUCCA